CCAAAACAGUAGGAAUUUUCCAGGUUGAACCUAUUGGUUUCUCAUCGAUGUUGAGCACGAGCACCAUUAGGAAUGCUUCGGCGUACCUCAAAUUCGUUGCUUAUGGCUUCUCUUCAAACUCUUUCAGCACUUCAUCGACCACCAAGCGCACUGCCAUAGCUCCAAGAGCUCUUGCAAGAAGACCCACUUCGCGAACUGCCCCAAUCCCUCGGGCUUUGGACACAGAUGCCGUCAGUUCAGUAUGUUCUUUACUUUCAAACAAAAAUCACCAAACAAUUAAUCUCGAACUUGAUCAUUUAUUGAAAAGAUUCAAAGAAACCAUGAGCUCGGAUUUCGUUCUUCAAAUUCUGAUGAAUUAUAGGCUGUUCGGUAGGGCUAAAACGCUAGAAUUCUUCUCCUGGUCUGCAUUGCAAAUGGGGUAUCGGUUUGAUGAGUCCGUGGUUGAGUACAUGGCUGAUUUCUUAGGUAGAAGGAAACUGUUCGAUGAUAUGAAAUGUCUUUUGGUGACGGUGUCGUCUUAUAAAGGUCGGAUUUCUUGUCGAACAUUUUCAAUUUGUAUCAGAUUUUUGGGUAGGCAAGGGAGGGUUAGAGAAGCGCUUUGCUUAUUUGAAGAAAUGGAGCCAAAAUUUGGGUGUAAACCUGAUAAUCUGGUCUUUAAUAACAUGCUUUAUGCACUUUGUAAGAAGGAACCAACAGGGGAAUUGAUUGAUACUGCUCUAACAAUUUUCAGAAGAAUUGAAUUGCCUGAUAAAUAUUCAUACAGUAACAUAAUUAUUGGAUUAUGUAAAUUUGGUAGGUUUGGUACUGCUGUUGAAGUGUUUGAUGAAAUGCAUAGGGCAGGUUUGGUACCUACUCGAUCUGCUGUGAACAUUCUCAUUGGGGAUUUGUGUUCAUUGAGUGCCAAAGAAGGGGCUGUAGAACAAGUUAGGGUCAGAAGUACUCGUCGACCUUUUACCGUGCUAGUUCCGAAUGUGAAUCCGAAGAGCGGAGCCAUUGAACCUGCAGUUGGAGUAUUUUGGGCAGCUAAUAGGCUGGCUUUAGUUCCCAGUGCUUUUGUAAUCGUUCGGCUCAUCUUGGAGCUUUGUCGAUUAGGCCAAAUGCAAGAAGCAAUUAGAGUAUUGAAGGUUGUCGAGGUUAACAAGCUAAGGUGUACUGAAGAGUGUUAUUCCAUUGUGAUGCAAGCAUUGUGUGAACAUCGUCGAGUAGACGAAGCUAGUGAUCUGUUGGGGAGGAUGCUUUCUCAGGAUAUGAAGCCAAAGUUGGCUAUUUAUAAUUCUGUUAUUUGUAUGCUAUGCAAAUUAGGAAAUUUGGAUGAUGCUGAAAGGGUCUUCAAGAUUAUGAACAGGAAAAAAUGCGUCCCGGAUCAUGUUACUUACUCGGCGCUAAUCCAUGCCUACGGUGAAGCUAGGAAUUGGUCAGCGGGCUACAGUUUAUUGAAGGACAUGUUGAGUUUAGGCAUAUCCCCGCAUUUUCAUGUGUAUAGUAUGGUGGAUAAACUAAUGAGGGAGGAUGGGCAAACUGAUCUGUGCUUGAAGCUGGAAAUGAAGUGGGAAUCCCAAAUUUUGCAGAAGCUUUGUAAACAAGGACAACUGGGGGAUGCGUAUGAAAAGCUAAAGUCAAUGCUUGAAAAGGGUUUUUAUCCUCCUAUCUAUGUAAGAGAUGCUUUCGAGAGCGCGUUUCAAAAGAAGGGUAAGUUUAAGAUUGCUCGGGAGUUGCUGCAGACGAUGGACGGAGUCCACGAACAUGAGUCGGGUUCCAGAAAGGCAUCAUGAGUUAUCAAAUGGAAAGCCUCACCUUUCAAUAUCAAAGAAAUUUAAUACACCCCACCCCAGAACAAUAACAACGAUGACAAAGACGGCAAGAAGGCAAAGACUUCCAACUAGUUCCACAUGUUAUAAAAAUGGAGUAGGACGGCUAGUCGUAUACGGGAGGGAAAGUAGAGAUGACGUCAAGUCCCGAGUCCUUACAACUCGCACCAGGUUGGUCUAGAAAUUAGGGUGGCUAGUCGUAUCUGGGAUCGUACAUUCAGGUUGACAUCCAGUUUCUUGAAGACGAGUCGAGCUUCGACUUGAUGCCUAAGACUAGGCCUGCAAUGUGAUGAGAGACGAUCUCAUCUUAACUUUUAUGGCCAAGUAGGUCAACGUCUCGAAUUUACAAUUUAAUUUUAUUCUUGAA